CUCAAAUCCGUCCCUCGACAACAGGUGCAUACGGAGCCAAAAUGUCUGAACACGGUGAAGUCGAGGUCGAAAUCCCCGCCGGGGUCUACAACUCCCUGCCCAAGGAUGCUCUCGCGGAGAUGGGAACCGUGAAGCUCUUCAACAAGUGGAGUUACGAGGAUGUUGAGAUCAGGGAUAUCUCCUUGACCGACUACAUCCAGAUCCGCUCCCCUGUCUACCUCCCUCACACCGCUGGCCGCUACGCCGCCAAGCGCUUCCGCAAGUCUCAGUGCCCCAUCGUCGAGCGUCUCACCAACUCCAUCAUGAUGAACGGCCGCAACAACGGAAAGAAGCUCAUGGCUGUCCGCAUCGUUGCUCACGCUUUCGAGAUCAUCCACAUCAUGACCGACCAGAACCCCCUCCAGGUCGCCGUCGAUGCCAUUGUCAACUGCGGUCCCCGUGAAGACAGCACCCGUAUCGGUUCCGCUGGUACCGUCCGUCGCCAGGCCGUCGAUGUCUCUCCUCUCCGCCGUGUCAACCAGUCCAUUGCUCUCCUGACCAUCGGUGCCCGUGAGGCCUCUUUCCGCAACAUCAAGAGCAUUGCUGAGUGCCUUGCUGAGGAGCUUAUCAACGCUGCCAAGGGUAGCUCCAACUCCUACGCCAUUAAGAAGAAGGACGAGCUUGAGCGUGUUGCCAAGAGCAACAGGUAAAAUGGGUUUGUUGGGCGUAUUCUCCGUUUAUGGUCCUAUUUCAUGCUUACUGGAGUGGACGGGGAGUUUAUGGGAUUCAGUCGACUUGCACACAUCUGCACGACUGUAUAUACCUGCAGUCACGAAAGGGAGUGAAAUCCAAAGACAUGAGAGAAUCGGACAGCUUUCUUCUCCAGUAGUUUGGAUGCGAUCAUGAAGACCUAGGCUUUAAAAGGCCUAUACUCUAUUAAACGAAAAAAUUUAUUCCCUUUUCUGCCUAUUCACCAAGCCACCUAUGGUUUUAAACAAACAAUAGACAAAAAUAGUAGUAGUGUAGUAUGGAUAUUUUAAAUUAAAUCAAAUGUCACAGAUCGACUUCUAGUAAACUGAGGUUCUGCUCGAGCAUGUCCAGGCCCUUGACAAGUCGACAGCCACCGCCGUCUUAUCGAUACGGAAUGCGGUC